CUAAAGCUUUUAAAUUUCCCUGGUUUACAAAAUUUGAGUUCGAGUAUUUUUUCUUUAUCAUCUACAUUAUGGACACUCAAGAAAGCUAUAUACAGUAUAACAAACUUGAUACCACAAGCUGUUUUGCGAAAUUGAGAGCAAUUUCAAAUCUGUUCAGCCUUUAUAGUCAAAUGACGUAGCUACUAUCCGGAAGGGUGUAUUAACAUAUGCGAAAGAAACAAAAGCCUGAAAUCCAAAUAGCCAAGUUGACUGGUUAUGUCUGAGAGCCAGGAAGCCUCAAUUGCACGUACUGUUACAGAAUUGAAAAUGUUAUUAAUAAACUGCAAUGUUUAACAUCUCAAACCAAAGUAAUAUCUAUAAAACCGAUUCUCCAGCCCACAUGAAGUUAACUUGCGAUCAGGCCUUUAUAAUAUGAAGUAUUCAAAAACUCUGACUUAAUAAACUUGUCGGAUGAUGUGCUGGAUGUUCUAUUCUCAUGAUCAGAAGAAUAUAUAUAGGCAUCUGUGAGUGGGCAAAAUUUCAUACGCUAUCACAUAGGUGUUGCUCGUACAUUAAGUGAUGAAACGAUCGAGUGGAACAUUUAACUGCUUUCAACGUUGUUUUCAAUCUUCUAGUUUUAAACUAGAGAGUAGAGUACUACUUCAAAAAUAGAGCGUGACGUUUUGGCAAGCUUAAGAAAGGAACGUGUGUUCAAGAGCUCUCGACAAGAUGCUCCCAAUUAGAAUUUAUAAUGUUGAUCUUGAACCAACACAAGUCUUUGUUGUUGAGUGACAGUAACUGUUUAGGCAAAGCUAAUGCAUUCAUCACACAUCGACGUACAGACAUCAUAAGACAGUCCCACUGUAUUUGAUAUUGUGUGGUUGUUUGGUUUAGUUGUUUCAUCACAGGUAUAUAAUAAUACAACUAUAUCUGUUGCAAACUGUAUCGACAUAUAUCCACAUACUGGUAUGCUGGGUCUUGAAUUUUUUCUCAUCCAUAACAUGGUCGCUUUACGUUCCUCUGGGUAAUUUAUACGGAAUGGAGGGAAUUCAGUUUAGUUGGGCAACAUAAUAAAGCUUGGGAGACAGUCUAUUUGAAAAGAAACAUAAUUGAGCCGUCAAAAUGAAUGCUCCCAGCUGGAGUGCAUGAAACCGGACACCAGACAACAUUUAAUGCUGUUUAUUUUGUAGCUAUACAACAAGAUAUAGCGUCUUAGUUAUUUCAAUAUUAUACAGUUGUGUGUGAAUUGUAUUCAAGUCAUAGAGAACAAUGCCUCAGCCAAAUGGAGUUACGAGCACAGUGACAUCAAUAAAAUGGAGAAAGGAAUACAAACAUUACCGUUCUUCGCGUUGCCGACUGUAUUUAUGUAUGAUUUUAUUCAUGGUGUUCAUUGCGUUAUCAGUGGUAUGCGCUACGUUUCUGUUCAGGAAUUCAUUUUAUUUUCAUCCAAAGGACUAUGAAUUGAACAGCGGAGAAAUGCGUGUCGUUAAAGUAUCAACUUUGUUUUGCGAAAGUAUUGUGAUGAAACCAGCGAGUUUCGAACGACAGAUUAUAGUUAUUUCGCCUCCGUUAGCACGACGCGCGGCCCAAAAUAAAUUCAUGUCUAACGAUAUAGUGCUACUACGUCGAGAUCGUCCUUGGUAUAGGUCCUUUUAUCUUCUAAAAGGUUCAAUAGUAAGCGUGCAUGUUGCAAGCCGCCAUUCCAUCAAUGUUUAUUGGCUAAAAGGACGCAAGAUCCUAGAUAAAUGGGCCGAUGAAAUGAGUAACGAUUUGAAAGAAUCGUCAAAGCAGAACUCUGACAAAUUCACUGGCACACGUAUGGCCGAGACGUUUACUGUAAAUGAGGAUAAUAACUAUUAUUUGGGAAUUACAUCGAUCGCUGGCAAUACUAAAUACUCGGAGAUAUUUGUGAAUACGAGUAUUAACCGUAUAACAUACUAUGCGAGUUCACAUGUGACAUCUUGUAAUGCAAGCGUUGGCCAGUCAUGUCAGGUGAAGUUGCGUUUUAAUUCACCAGAUACCGCUGUGAUAAUGCUACCAAACAAUUUGACUGCGUUGCGAACGCACGAUGUCUGGGUGACUUGGUACUGUCAGCCAAGAAUUUGGUUCUAUUCUGCCGUGUUUGCUGGUGGUUUUAUUCUCGUUGUCAUGGUCCUGACCUUUGUGUAUUGUUGUAUAAUGUCGAGAGUAAAGAAAAAGAUUCGCGAAUGGAAACCGCAUGUUACCGCGGUACGAAGAGAGAAUAGCCAUAGAGAAAACGGGGGAGUGACAUUGACAUCAAUCAACAUUCGAGGAAGUAUUUUGGAUGAUAACUGUGAAAAUGUAUUAGAACUAACUCCACUGAGAUUAACCCCAGCUCGAGACACCUGUCAGGAAAAUAAUAAACCUGAUAUGCCAAGCCAUAGCACUCCAAACGGUUUGAACAGUGUUGACGGUGCUAAUAAUAAUAUUCCUAGUAUUAGCACAGCGCUGACAUCAUUCAACGACGCGAAUUAUGUAGAUUCUGCGACUGACCCGCGAGAAACUGCGGCCGCGUUAUGGCGAACGCCAUCUCCUGUGCGCUGGUCGACUUUCUUGAGCGACGACGAUUACGAGGAAUGUGUAACAAAUUUCCGCGAAUCACCAAUCAACACUCUGGACUCAAUCAAGAAAGCGUCGGAGGAUGACAAUUUUGAAUCUGAUCUCAUGGAUCGUUUCCAAAAUUUACACACCGAGUUUGACGGGCCUAUAGAGACGGACAUUGAUAAUGCCGAAUCUGAAACGUGUCCUUUCUUGGCCGAGGAAAACCCAGAUUCAGAUUUAGUAUUGAGACAAAAAGACAAACGGAAAGAACAAAGAUGGGAGCCAAGACUAUCUGUAGUGUCUGAAAUAUAGUCUAUAAAGCUCUACGCCAUAUUUUCAAUGACAAUACAGUAUACAAAAACUGUCUGUACCAGUGUGGGUUGUACCAAUGUGAAAAUGCUGUGCUGAAUGGUUAUCAAUUACUACCUUAAAAAACAAUUCGCUCGAAACGUCGAGUUUCUGCUUGUUUUUUAAGGUAGUAAUAUAACCACUCAGCACAGCAUUUAUACAGUAUACAGUAUACAUCAGUGGCCUUGGCUUGGGGAUUCAUACCACUGUCCAAAGUGCUGAUUUUGUAGUAUGUUAUUUAAAGUUUGAUAUUUAACUGUUUAUUGACUAGAGGACUUCUACAGUAAAGCCCUAGCUUAAUUCUUCUAUAACAUAAGUUUAGAGUAAUCACGGACACGGAAAAAAUUGCAUCACAAAUUGUCCGUGUAGCAAAAAUGUUGGAAUAUUUUUAAGUGCAUGUCAGUGUGGAAUUUGGCGUAUGGGGAAAAGAAUGCGAUGUUUUGAUGUAUUUGACUUUAUUAUUCUUCAAUAGUGUAAACAAUUCUAAAAGAAUAAAUUAAAUGUUUACGAAAUCAAAGGUCACAAAAAGGCAUGAUGGAAAACGCCGGUACCGGGUAUCAAAAAUAAAAAAAAAUAGAUUAUAUGAAAAAUAAAUAUUUUGUACAAAGAAUUCCGAAAUAUCAAUAAAACGAAAACAACCACCGCCAAAUCUAGUCAAAACUCUCUUCUGCUCACCUUUUUUUGACAUUUCACUGAGAUGAUUGACUUAAGCAGAGCACAACGAACAAUUCGUUGUCUCGAGCGGGUUCGGACUGCUCGCGCCUUUGGGUUUCUAUCU